AUGCCCGUCCAAUCCUGUCCUGUCACAGUCGAUCCAGUCCACAAUAAACCGCAUCUAACCAGUGCCCCUGUGACAGUACAACCUCCUUCUCCGUGUCCAAAUCUGUUUGAUAAUUGCUUCCGUGAGAGCACGUUGGUCUUUGGGCUACCUGCUGCAAGAGCUUGCGGUAAGAGAUCAAAUGGUAGCCGAUCAUUAGGAGAUGAUAGCUCUUCUAGGACCGACAUUAGCCGCUAUUGGCUCUUAGUUACGCCAGUUGGCGAGUUCUCAUUUCUUUCGUAUCUCCAAAUGGUUGGAACAGAAUUCCAGACCGCUUUUCUUUCGAAAGAAUCGUCUCCUGCCAUGAACGGUACCGUAGCGGAAGAGGAUCAGGGAUGUCACGUCUUACGUGUUUCCUUCACCUUAUCACUCGAUGAAAGCUCCAUGGUUCAAGGGGCAACUACAGAAAAACGUGUCCUUUCUGUAAAAUAG